CCUCCUCCGUAAGCAUCUCUCUCUCUCUCUCUCUAUAGAUCUAUCAAGGUAUUGGAACCCUAGAUCGUUGGUGUUGCGAGUAGUAUUUCCUCCGUUGUCGAGAUGGGGCUGUCCUUCACCAAGUUAUUCAGCCGGCUUUUUGCCAAGAAGGAGAUGAGGAUUCUUAUGGUGGGUCUUGAUGCCGCUGGUAAGACCACUAUUCUGUACAAAUUGAAGCUGGGGGAAAUUGUGACCACGAUUCCAACCAUUGGAUUCAAUGUUGAAACUGUGGAAUACAAGAACAUUAGCUUCACUGUUUGGGAUGUUGGUGGCCAAGACAAGAUUCGACCUUUGUGGAGGCAUUACUUCCAGAACACUCAAGGCCUGAUCUUUGUGGUCGACAGCAAUGACAGGGACCGUAUUGUUGAAGCCAGAGAUGAACUCCAUAGGAUGCUUAAUGAGGAUGAGUUGAGAGAUGCUGUGCUGCUUGUGUUUGCGAACAAACAAGACCUCCCAAAUGCCAUGAAUGCUGCUGAAAUCACUGAUAAGCUUGGCCUUCAUUCCCUCCGCCAACGCCAUUGGUACAUUCAGAGCACAUGUGCUACAUCUGGAGAAGGUCUGUAUGAGGGGUUGGACUGGCUCUCCAACAACAUUGCUAACAAGGCUUAGAUGUUACUCAAAAGGAUUCUUCUUGCUUGUCAUGUUUCUUUUGCUAAUGAAAUCCAUUAUCUUUGGAGAGAGUGAGAGAGCUGUAUCAAUAUCGAGCAUUAGAUCCUCUUGUACUUUUUACUUUUAUAGACUCAAAAAAUUGCCGCUGGUUAGAACAUGAAUAAGCUGGAACUUGUUCUGCUAGAUGAUGGUAUUAUUUGUGCUGUAUUGAAAUUUAUUUGAAGACCAUAUUUAGUUGCCUUAAAA